AUGGGACUCAUCAUGAGUUAUAAGGAAUUCGACGAUAAUCUAAACUAUAAGAGCAAGUCUAGCGCCCCACCCAAACUGGGUGAAAGGCUGCCAGGGCGAGCCCGAGAUGGCUCCAGUGCAGGAGAUGCAGCCCAGUUUCGUGGUGGGUCCCACCAGCCCGAGGAAGCCCAAGGGCAAGUCUUGCCUGGGCUGAAGCCCGAGUCUGGUGACGUUAGCUAUGACAUCACGCUGACGCUAGCGCAAGCCAGAGGGUCAUGGACAAAUGUUCGAAGAGGUCAAAAUCUUGGCAAAGAGAUUAGUCAAGGCAAAACAAAAAAGAGGAAAACCAUUACACAUGGCUCCUCAAGUGAACAAUGCCCGCAGUCAGUUCCAGUGGUGCGUUCCGUGUCAGAAAUAAUGGCACUAUUACGUCCUCCGAAGGAAAAUACUCCCUCACGUCGUGAUCCGGUGGAACCGCCUCCACCAAUGAUGGAGUUGUCCUUGUAUUCCAUCGUGUCGGACUAUGAGGACUAA